AUGAGUUGCGGAAAAGACUUUGUGGAAACAUUAAAAAAAAUUGGUUAUCCCAAAGCUGAUGUUCUUAAUGGGGAAGAUUUCGACUGGUUGUUUGAGACUGUUGAAGGUGAGUCAUUUUUGAAGUGGUUUUGUGGGACAGUGAAUGAACAGAACGUGUUGUCUAAAGAAGAAUUGGAAGCUUUCAGCAUUCUUCAAAAAUCCGGCAAGCCCAUCCUAGAAGGAGCAGCAUUGGAUGAAGCUCUUAAAACCUGUAAAACUUCUAAUUUGAAGAUACCUACCUUGGAUGACAAUGACCUAGAGAAAUUAGAGGAUGAGGUUCGAACUCUGCAAAAAUUAAAGAACCUAAAAAUUCAGCGACGUAAUAAAUGUCAGUUGAUGGCUUCAGUAACUAGGCACAAAUCUCUGAGGUUAAAUGCUAAAGAAGAAGAAGCCACUAAGAAGCUGAAACAGAGUCAAGGUAUUUUAAAUGCUAUGACUACUAAGAUUAAGAAUGAACUUGAGGCUCUAACAGACGGAGUUGCAAAAUUGAUGGCGUUCUUCAUACCUUCCAAUCUGAGUCAAGGGACAAAUCUUCCAGUGUUUUUAUCUCAGAUUUCCUUGGAAAAAUACCUCAGCCAAGAAGAGCAUUGCACAGCAGCAUUGACCUCAUAUACCAAAAAACAGUUCUUUCAGGGUAUACAAGAAGUAUACGAAAGUUCAAAUGAAGAAAAUUUUCAGCUUUUUGAUACACAAGCACCGUCUAUUUAUGAUAACCAAGAAGUCCUUGAGGAGAGACGGCUAGAGAUGGCUAGGCUGCAGCUGGCAUACAUUUGUGCUCAACAUCAGUUAAUUCACAUGAAAGCACGUAACUUGAGCAUGAAAUCAAGUAUAAAAUGGGCAGAGGAGAAUCUUCAUAGCUUCACUAGCAAAGUUCUUGGGAAAGAUGAAUUGGAUGCUAAAAUUUCUAGCUUGAACAUUCAGAUUCUGAAACUCAAAGAACAGAUUACUCAUAUAAAAGACAAAAGUUUGCCUGCUGUGGUAAAAAAGAAUGCCCAGUUAUUGAAUAUGCCAGUUGUGAAGGGAGAUUUUGAUCUGCAGAUUGCCAAACAAGACUAUUAUACAGCAAGACAAGAAUUCGUUUUAAAUCAGUUGAUAAAGCAAAAGGCAUCGUUUGAACUUCUGCAGUUAUCAUAUGAAAUUGAAAUGAGAAAGCAUUGGGACAUACAUCGUCAACUUGAAAAAUUGGUUCAUGAACUUAGUCAAAGUAAUACGAUGCUCCACAAGCAAUUAGAAAUGCUAGCUGACCCAUCAGUUACUCAGCAGGUAAAUCCAAGGAAUACCAUUGAUACCAAGGAUUAUUCUACUCACAGGCUUCAUCAGCUUUUAGAAGGAGAGAAUAAGAAGAAAGAAUUGUUUAUAACCCAUGAAAACCUGGAGGAAGUGGCUGAGAAAUUAAAACAGGAUGUUUCUUUAGUACAAGACCAAUUGGCAAUAUCUGCUCAAGAACAUUCUUUCUUUCUUUCCAAACUGAAUAAUGAUGUAGACACGCUUUGUGAUCUUUUAUAUCAAGGAGGAAACCAGCCUUUGCUUAGUGAUCAGGAGUUAACGGAGCAGUUUCAUCAAGUUGAGUCUCAACUGAACAAGUUAAAUCAUCUUCUCACUGAUAUUCUUGCUGAUGUAAAGACAAAAAGAAAAAUUUUGGCAUCUAAUAAACUGCAUCAAAUGGAAAGAGAAUUAUAUGUAUAUUUUUGUAAAGAUGAAGAUUAUCUGAAAGAGAUCGUGGAGAAUUUAGAAAACCAAUCAAAGAUUAAGGCUGCUGAUCUCAAAGAUUGA